CAAAAAGGAGGUUGCGCAAAAGUAGUCUGCAACAUUUAGUUGAUUCAGCCUAUUUCUGCAAGUCGCGGCAUUUGUUUGGAAACUAGUCAAACAAUGCACUCUGUCGGAGACGGCUGAUGCCCGAAGAUGAGACUCGGAGGAAGUUUUUGGCGACGUCCCAGUGUUUUGUGGUCCUCAGGUGGGACGAAGUCUGGUAGGUCUCUCCGGUCACCUUCUGCUGUGAUGCCUCGUGGCGGCGCGCCGGCGUGCGUGUGACUGACUGACAGUCUGUCCAAGAGAGAAAGAGAGGCUGGAUAGAAACAGCAGACAGGCUGUCAGGCAGCGACGGCUGGACUCCCAGCGCAGGCUUCUCUCCUCUCUCCCCGCUCCUCAGACUCAUGCAGGAUGCCCGGGAAGCGCCGCCGGGGAGCGCUGGUCCAGCUCAGCCCGAGUUCAUGACGCCCUGGGCGGCCUCGUCAUGCGUUUCUUGCCCGAGCCCAGCGCCCACUCCCUCCGGCUUCUCUUCCUCUUUAUCUUCGUGAUGGGGGUGGCCCCCUCUCCGGCGCUCACAGCCGGCUGCCCCGACGGAUGCGUGUGCGACGACCAGCUGGUGGUCCAGUGCGCCGGGCAGGAUCUCACGCUGUUCCCCAACGACCUGCCGCUGGCGACCCGGCAGCUCAUCCUCUCCAACAACCGCAUCGCGGACCUGCCGCCCCUUCAGCUCAACUACAUGUCCGACCUGGUGUAUCUCGACUGUAGCAACAACUCGCUGACAGAAAUCUCCGAGUCCACUUUCGGGAACUUGCGGAAACUCGCUUACUUGGACUUGUCUUUCAACGCGCUGCUGCAGAUCGAGGACCGGACUUUCGGGCCCCUGGCUUCCCUGGUGAUGCUCCGGAUGACGGACAACCCGAACCUGGGGGAGAUCCACCCGGACGCCUUUUCGGAGAACUUUGCCCUGCAGGUCCUGGACGUGAGUCGGAACAACCUGACGGCGUUGAACAUCAGCAGUCUGAUCGCCCUGCCCGCUCUGCGCUCUCUGGGCCUCAGCGGGAACCCGUGGAGGUGCGACUGUGACACCGAAGACCUCUGCCUGUGGGUGCAGAUAGAGGGAUUCAAGUUCCAAGAUGAGGGCCAGACGAUUUGCUACAACCCUGCGGAGCUGGCGGGCCAGCGGUUGGCGGAGGUCGGCAUGCAGCUGCGGGCGGACUGCCACCAGGGUCUGGGCUACUGGGACUACCUCUUCUUCAUCGCCAUCGGCUUCGUCAUCUUCUCGGCCGGCACGGUGUCGGCCUGGGUGAUGGGCGUGCUCAUGGUGCUGUACGAGCGCUACAGCAAGCGGAAGAGCGAGGAGCUGGACAGCGAGGACGAGGACGAGAGGGGGCCGAUGAACGGGAGCGGCGGAGGCGGGAACCAGGGCAACGGGGACCUGAGCAAACCCAACAUGCAGGUGUGACGGGCCGCCGCGGAGAGGCGUCCGGAAACGCUGCUUGAAGGGAAGGCGGACAGAAAACGGAGGAGGGACGAGCCUUCGCUGGGAAACCGAGAUCUGCUUGUCUCUUCUUGUUGCAGAUUUAGAUAUCGCAAAUGCUCUUUAACGUAACGAAAAGGGUGUGUUUAAGUGUGAGCGUGCGUGUGUUUGUGUAUGUGUGGGUGUGUGUGUGUGUGUGUGUGUGUGAGAGAGAGAGAAACAAUCAGAGACAGCAAUAAGGAUGCCUUCGAGCCAGGAGAACAGAUUGACCUCUGAGAUUAUUGAGAGCAAUAACCCUGCACAUACAACCACAAGUUCCUCCAUGCGAUGUAAAGUGCUCUUCACCAACACCUUGUGUGAGUGGCACAUUCAAGCACACAUACACUUCAUUCAGAAAAAUAAAGGUAAAAAAAGGGGAAGGUUCAUAAAAAAUGAGGAAAAAAAUAAAAAAAAGACCGAUGCCUUAAAUCUGCCACAGUGGAAACAGGGAAACUUGUUCAUAUCAGUGUUUAAACGAUAUCUUCACUCGAAGUAUUCAACAUUAGCUGUUCUGUGUUCAGGACGAAAUCUGUCCACAUGGAGCAAAAACUCAUUUUGGGGGCACAUAAUCAAAUAGAUAGAAAACUCAAUGGUGUGAUUGUACAUUAAAACAAGUGACUCACAACUCACUGAAACACAAACAACAGGAAGUUCAGGGACCUGCCACUCAGACGUCAACGCGUUCUGUCCUUUAUCUUGGCUGCCGAGGUCAAAGGGCAAUCAGAAACCUUCCGUGGGGAUCUUAGAAAUACUUCAAACUGCAAACUUUUCACGGAAAAUCACGGGGAUGAAUUGGAAAGCGGGGUUCAUUUAAGGAAACCACAUCACAUACGGGCAUAAUUUUUUUUUUUUGUGUGUGUAACAAAAUUUUUACUUCCCAUUAAAAGUUUCUAAGUUUGACAAUCGAUGGAGUUUUGCAGCCGUAUUUCUUAUGUCAAACAGGCACUUUGUUGAGUUUUUUUUUGUUGUUGUUCUUUUUAGCUACAAGUACUAUUGGAGAUUAUUUGCUUAAUUGGUUUUGUAGCCUUUUUGACUCGCAGCAGGUUUGAGUAAAAUAAAAAAAAUAAAACACAAAACACUGAUGCAGGCUUCACACACGAGAGAUAUUAGCAGAAUUAAUUGUGUGACAUUUUUUGAAUGUAAAAACAUCUUGGAUUCUAAAAAGCUUUGCCGGUGUCUGACAAUGCAGCUUAACACCACUUACAAACCUGGUUUCGGGCUGAUCUUCCAGUGUGCUUGAGCUCCGUAGAGUGAAUCUUCAGUGCUCUUCUCAGCUAGGCGUGACUACAGGCUUGUUGCCGAGUUUUGAGUGGCCGUUUGAGAAAUUGAGGCUUAGAGAUCACUGCGCAUUGUCGCAAAACUGUACGUGACUUGAACAUGUCGCCUUGUUUGAGCUGAUCGUUAUGAAAUCGUCAUCUGGGGAAUCGCAACACGAAUGUCAGAGAUGGGAGAGCAACGCCCCGGCAAGUUUUGAGUGUUAGUCUGCCUUAUUUAGAGUGAACAGGACAACGUUGCUUGUAGCACCAGUAACAUCUAACCGUUUUCUUUAACAAUGACAGAACGCUGAUUUCUUCUCAAGAUUUACUUUUGCAGUGACAGAUUUUGUCUAAAAUUGCCGACAAGCCCACAUUGGUAGACUUUGGUCCCUCACCUCAUCUCUCGACAUUGUGCAAGUUGUUCAAGUCAAGAGUUGCCAACUUUUCAGGUGUCGGUGGGAACAGUACUAAAAUCUCCUUAAUUGGGAUGAGAUUUAUCUAGACAGAGUUAGAAAUGGGAGAAAACUUUGCAUUGUGAACGUUGGCAACCUUGCAGGAAGUCGUGUCUCCGGUGCUCCAAGGGUUUCACUUGGCUGAUUGGUGGCAGGUUUAUAUGGUGCAUUUGAUUUGUACCCACAUGCUGGACUCUUAGAAAUUCAAAUUAGGACUCCAAGUCCACAUUCAAUAAAUAGGCUGAGCAUGUAAAACUAAUUGAAAGUUACAGCAAUAUAGUGGAUAUCAGUAUUCCCUUGUCAGGGACCAAAGCCAGCCGCAAAUAGUUAAACUCCAUGAAGAGUUGAGUUUCCUGGAGUUUAGCUUGGCUAUUCUCACAGUUCAAUGCUAAAUAUACCUCAUUAUGCAGGGGAAACCGUUUUAGCUCGACCACAGAAGCUAACGUCUACAGCAGUCUUCCUUAUUUCAGUUUUCUGGGGUACAGCCAAUCAGCACCAAUGAGAGUAAAUGCAGCCCCUGCAUUGGCUGCUUUGCAAACGGCAGCCAAUAGCAUGUCAAGUAGCAUUGCACCCAGUUAAUCCAACUUCCAGCACUGCAGUUUCUUUUCACUUAUCUGCUUCGAAACCGUCCCUAAAUAUAGAUUUUAAACUACCUGAUGCAGCCCAGACGUGUCGACACAACUUUUUAAAAGUCUGUUAGCUCUGAAAAUGUGAAGCAGGUUAACAUUAAAAAUAUUUCUGAAGAGCUUAAAAACCCUUUUGUAUCUUUUCUGUCAAGUAUUCUAUUUUCUAGUGAGUACUCAAAAUGCUCCUGAAUAAAUAUUUUACAUUAUGUGCAGGGUUCUUCAAUGUUUCUCUCCAAUUCUUCUUUCGACGGGCGUUGCAUAAAAAGGCAAAUCUCAAGCACAGAUUUUUGUUGCCCAGUUGAAAUCAUCCAUUUCAUUGCUAAUAUCAGUAGAUCUGCCACCGCAUCCCUGCUCUAAUGUUUAUAUUCACAAUCUGCUCCUGUUACAUUUCCCUGCAGACAGUUGUCAGCACAGCUGCAGCUAGCAAAUCUGUCCUUGUUUUCCUGCUGCCGACUGGAACGGCCUCAGAUUCCAGAUCCUCGUUCCUGGACAUAUUUUCUGGUUUGGAGUCAAUUUACUCCUCAAGAUUUGUCCCCAGUAAAGGCAGACAAAGUCUUCCUUAGUGGGCACCAAGUACGCUGGUAACCUGUGUAUUUAGGUUUCACUGUGAACCUAAAGAUCUGCCAGCAACCAUAUCCUGGAGUUAUAGAAGUGGGACAGAUUCAUGGUGGCUGCACAUGAAGAUGGUAAUAAGACGGAUUUGGUCAGUCAAGCACUUAAUGAUGACUUUAUAUAAUGUGACUGGUCUUCCCUACUGGUUAACCUCACGUUGCACUGAACACACAAGGCUGAGAAAACCAAUUUAAUUGCUUUUAGUUUUUCUUCUUUCAGUUUUUUUUUUCUUUUUUUUUUGUUCUAAGUUUGUGCUUAGUUUCACUUUCUUAUUGAUAAAUCUGGCAUGUUUUUUGGCAUGUUUUAACAUCUGUCUUGGACUUUUUAAGACCAUUACUAAUGAAAUUUAAAGCCCUCAACUCAACAGAAACUUCAUCCAGUCAACUGGCGAUAAAUUUACCCACGAGAGAUGCAAAAAAGCUAAUUAGCAUUGAAUUAGCUGCUAUGAGCCAGCGGUAGUCUCAACUGUCUUGAGUGUCACGCAAUGAAGACGUCCAAACAUAGAACAUGCUAAAUGUAAGACCUGUGACUAACAUAUUAAAGGCAAACUUAUUGCUUAAAACUGAAUGUAAGACAUUUUAGAUAUGUACAUUUAAAUGUAAGACUUUUAAGGCUGUGCGGAUAUCGUGUGAAUCAUGUCCUCUCAACUGAGUCGAGUGAGACCUGCAGUGUGUUGGGCGUCCUGCUUGCUUCUUGUGUGACCUCUCUGAGUUGUCGAUGUGCCCUUGAAGUAAUUUUGAUAGGCCAGAUCCACCACUGUUUUAUGUUUGGUUCUCGUUUUGGUUCUGCGUUGUCCAAAACCCGUUAAAAUGGCUUUGUGACGUCCUUCCCAGGAAGAUCGAUGUGUGCCGCUUCACCGCCCAUCAAGAUGGAGGCAUGAAAUCUCUCAGCCUACUUCAUGCUGUCAGACAAGUUCCACAGAUUUGACCACAAUUAAGCCGGGGUGUUGUUUGUAAACAUCAUCUGAAUUGAUCAAAAAUGGGUCACCGACCCGUAGGAGUGUGCUUGUUAUUUUUGACCACUACGAUUUGCAAAAACAGAAGCGAUCUGUCGCCCAUACGUUUAAACGACAACAUUCAAGGUCACUGCGGAGCACCGAAAGUGGAGUGUUUGUUGGCGCGCGGCUCGACUUGCGUCUGUUUAAUUGGGUCAGAGCGAUCACAAAGCAUCUCUGCGAGCAGCAUGGGUGAAUGAUGUAUGGACGGAAGACGAUCAAAAGCCCGUCCUCUUCUUCUGCGCGUCGCCUCCAGCCCGUCCGCCACAGGCUGGAGUUCUGAGAUGAUAAACGACAAACUUCCUGACGGAGACGGGCGGGGAGAAGAGUGCGGACAACGUCAGAAGUGUGAAUUCUUUCCGAACGACACGCUGAGCCGUUUGAGAGAUUGAUGGGCUACAUUAUUGUCCUUUGCUGAGAACGUAAACGCUUAAAGGAUAAAUCUCAAGGGAGCUCGAUGCGUGUGUCACUGACUAUCUGUGAACACACGCAAGUGUAUAUUUAUGGCUUCGGGCGGCAUCUUUUGAUGCUGAUGCACAUGAGUGGCUUCAGAUUUAUUUACAACGGUGGGUUAACUAGUCAUCAGCGUAACGCACCUUAUCCGACACAAAGUCAAGCACAGGAAUCAGCUCACUGUCUGCUGAUACACACACAGGCCAGCAGUCACACACAUGCACCCCCCCCCCCCACCACACACACACACACACACAUCCAGCACAUGCAAAAUGAAUCUCAAGGGCACAGCUAAAGUCAGAGCCGCGGGCCCGAGAACAUUAACACUCCUGUUUUGGUCUCUCUUGCCAUGCAUCACUACAUCCUCUUAUCCUCCCCUCCAUCUUCAAUCUGACGCCAUCAUCAGCUUUAACACACACACAGACACACCUGGACUCAUAAUUUACCCCGGCUAAAUCUUUACGCUGUCAUUAUCAGAUCGUUUUCGUCAAAGGCAAGCUUGAAGCGCCGUCCGUCCGUCUUAUAUUACAUCACAAUCAUUUGGCACAGAAGGGCACGACCUCUCAGCCGCAGCAUGCCAGUACUUAUCAGAGGACAACAAUACUUCCUGUCUGGAGAGGGUAACUAUUUUCAGUGUGGUGCCGGCGACGGCUGUGCAGCGGACACAGAGCGGCCGCCGCUAACAUGUCGCCGCACCGAACAGAGGACAGAGUAAAAAUACCACGGACGUUAAAGGAUGAGGGUUUGUGCUUGUCGACGUGUAGAAAGUCUCAAACAAUUCUCUGAGAAACACGUCUUUGGUCGGUGAUCGACUUAUACAGAAUUCGAUAAACACGUGGUUUAAAGAUCGAGUUGAAGCGAGGCUCUCUGUAAUAGGCGUUUUCCCGCCAAAGCUGUUCUUUACUGGUUGAUUUACUUUGACGACCCGAAAGCCAACUUGACAUUACAUCAAUCAAUCAAUCAGAUUUAUUUGCGUAGCACAUUUCAGCGACAAGGCAGUUAAAAUUGUGAAACCAGUAACAGAGAUUACGUUUUGUCCAGUGUCGUCAUCAAAAUCAUCAAUAAGUUGGUCAAUGUCGCCGUUAUUAUGGGACGUUAUUCUAAACGUCUCAUCCAGUAAAUACUUUGUGGAGGAUCACGGUGCAGGAAAACAUUUUAAUUAUCAGUGUCAGUGAACAGCUGUCCUCAGCCCAUUAUGUUAAUAUAGCAACACUAUUUCACAGGUUUUGUGAAUGAACAGAGGGAUUUAUUUAAUAAUAAUUUAUGAAUAAAUAAAUGGUCUCUAUGGUUUGUGAGUGCAUUGCCCCCCUUAAGCUCCAUGACAAGUGAUUCAUUUUAUUACUUGCUACCACAAAAGGAAUAUGUUUUUAAUGGGUUUUUCUUCUCCUAAAUUAAUAAAAACACAUAUUCCACAUGAACCAAGUAGGGCUGGGCGAUAAAAACUAACAUUUUUAUCACUAUAUUUUGUGUCACUAUUGUGACAUCGAUAAACGUGACACUAAGAACCAUUUAUUUCGGCUUUUCUCGGUUACUGUAUGUCUCCGAAAGCAUGACGCAGCAACCAUGGCCCCACAAAAACAAACGCUGCUCUUGAAGAACACACCCAUUUGUAAUGUGUUUUUUUUUUCAGACACCAGUCGUAUGAUUUGCAUCAGCAGGCAGUAAGGACAAUGGACAAUAAGGACAAUUUAUUGUCCUUAUUGUUGGGAUUAAGACAAUAAACGAUACAAUAAAUGCCCUAAAACAGAGAUCCUUACUUUCUCUCCCUUGACUGCAGGAAACUAAAUAACAUCUUUCUGUUCUCGGUUUCAGAGUUUUUGACACAUCGUCUGGGACCGAACGGGAGCUAAGGAAGGACUGGAACCAGUUUAUGACUGGAACCAGUUUAUGACUGGGACCAGUUUAUGACUGGGACCAGUUUGCAGGGCAAAAAAAACAAAAAAAACAAUCCUAACUUUCAUCUUACUUUGAGUAAAAAAGAUGUGAUUUCACAGGGAGUUAGGAAACCUGAUUGAGCCCCAGGCGUUUUUAUGUUACCUUUUUACCUGAAAAACAGCCAUUUUCUCCAAUUACUGUUGUGAAGUUUAUGGGAUUUUAAAAAAAGUUAGCCUGUUGAAUAUCUAGAGCAGUAAAUCUGUUAAGCACAGCAGGUCCAUAUUUUUACUUUAGUCUUCCACCACUGUGUGCAUCUCUUGAUAAAAAAAAGAGAUAAUUUAAAAAGUCUUUAAAAAUCACCCAUCAUGAGAGACAAUGUUGUAUCAGUGGAUACUGACUUUCUUCUCUUUGCAGCAGUUCCACCUUUAAUCAGCCGUUCUGAAAAUAUCUCCGCUCACUGAAAAAUGCCAUUUUUCUAACUCAAGAGAAAAAUAACAUGGCUGACUGUCUUAUUCAAAGGAAUAUUGCAUAUUCUGAGAAUUGCGAGCACAGCCUUUGCUGCUGAGGAAUGAAAAAAUGAAGUUGUUGCUCAGUCAGUCACUCAUUGCUGAGGGUGUUGAUCUUUGCCUUGAUCCAAGGAAGUGAUGAUUGAGAGACAGGAGCUGCUUUGAAACCUCUCCCCUCCACUCGUAAUCUCUUAACACAUACUAUGUAUGUGCGUGUGUGCAUGUGUGUGUGUGUGUGUGUGUGUGUGUGUGUGUGUGUGUGUGUGUGUGUGUGUGUGUGUGUGUGUGUGUGUGUGUGUAUACAUGCAGGAGAAGAUAUCAUUUCACCUGCUGUUUAGAACUCAGAGUGCUGUGAUGGCUCGCUGCUAAAGCUGCAAAUUUCAUACAUCCUUUAAAACUCCUACCGUCCUCCCACCGUGUGUGUGUGUGUGCGCGCGCGCACGCGUGUGUGUGUGUGUUUAUGUGCGGGAUUUCUGACACAGAAUUUGACCUUCUGUACCUACUAAGAAACAAUCUGUUAUAUGUUUUUUUUUCCUCCCCCUGUCAUUUCUUUGAGAUUUUCCUUUAGUUUUGUACGUAAUGAAUCAUGAGCAAUAAAGAAAUUACUGAAUAA